GCGCUCCCCGCCAUUUUGGGCGGCCGAGGGGGGAGCGUAGCCGUAGCGGUGGCGGCGGCCGGAGCUAUCCACCUCGGCCCGGCUGCCUCUUCUUCCUCCUCCUCCUCUUCCUCCUCCCCCUCCUCCUCCUCCCCUUUUCCUGACUGUGGCCAAACCGUCUCUCCGGACUCAGCUUGCAACCAAACACGACUUUUAACUACCGAAUGCAGAAGACUAGGAAACAUGGAUAUGAAAUUCAAUUCCUCUCGGAAAUAUGUUUCUAUCAGCAUACCAUCAAAAUCCCAAGCCAUGUCACCACACAUCAAAUCAGUAGAUGAUAUAAUUGUCCUCGGAAUUAAUCUCAGCAAAUUUAACAAACCUACGCAGUUUUUUAUUUGUGUUUUGGGAGUCUUCCUGUUUUUUCUCAUUUAUGGAUAUUUGCAGGAAUUGAUAUUUUCAGUAGAAGGCUUUAAAUCUUUUGGCUGGUAUCUUACAUUAGUACAAUUUGGGUUUUAUUCCAUUUUUGGACUUAUAGAACUACAGCUUAUUCAAGACAAGAGGAGAAGGAUCCCAGGCAAAACCUACAUGAUAAUAGCUUUUCUAACAGUGGGGACUAUGGGUUUAUCAAAUACCUCCUUGGGAUAUCUGAAUUAUCCUACACAAGUAAUCUUCAAGUGCUGUAAACUGAUCCCAGUUAUGAUAGGAGGAGUCUUUAUACAAGGGAAACGUUACAACAUUGUAGAUGUUUCUGCUGCAGUAUGUAUGAGCUUGGGCUUAAUAUGGUUUACUCUAGCUGAUAGCACAGUUGCACCAAAUUUCAAUUUGACAGGAGUGGUCCUUAUAUCCCUUGCCCUCUGCGCAGAUGCCGUUAUAGGAAACGUGCAGGAAAAAGCAAUGAAGUUGCAUAGUGGCUCAAAUUCUGAAAUGGUUUUGUAUUCCUAUUCAAUAGGUUUCCUAUACAUUCUAGUGGGAUUGACAUGCACUGCUGGCCUAACUCCUGCAGUAACAUUUUGUUCAAAGCGCCCAGUUCAAACAUACGGCUAUGCAUUCUUAUUCUCCUUGACUGGCUAUUUUGGAAUCUCUUUUGUCCUGGCUUUGAUUAAAAUCUUUGGGGCUCUUUUAGCUGUAACAGUUACAACUGGAAGAAAAGCAAUGACAAUUGUCCUUUCUUUUUUGUUUUUUGCAAAGCCAUUCACAUUCCAGUACGUGUGGUCGGGUUUAUUGGUUAUCCUUGGCAUAUUUCUCAAUGUUUACAGCAAGAAUAUGGAUAAAAUCAGAUUGCCUUCACUGCGCCGUCUCUGGAAUAAAUCUCUGGAAGAUAGAAGGACGUUAUCCCAAACAGUAUAGAACUGGCUUGUGCCAUGUGUUGGCACUAGACUGUUUGCUUCUGUUCUUUCCAUGCAAUAGUCUGCAGCCGAAUCAUUUUCCAAAGGGAAGGAUGUUUU